CUUUGAUAUCUUUAUAAGAAACAUUUGCGUUUAUGAAGCAACAGUCUGGCCUGGAUAAAACCAUAUACAACACAUAAACCUGCAUCAUAAUAGCCACCAUGAAAGUAAUACUAUUGUUUGGACUGUUUGUGGGAACAGCUUUUUGCUGUUCAUAUGAUCAGUAUACGUGUGACGACGGAACAUGUAUUUCGGAUACUUAUCAGUGUGAUUCCUGGGUUGAUUGCAGUAAAGGAGAGGAUGACAUGGGCUGUACAGGUUGUGACGGUGACCGUUUCAAAUGCUCUAAUGAUCUUUUCUGUGUUAAAUGGUGGGGAGUAUGCGACGGUACAGAUGACUGUGGUGAUAACUCAGACGAACGUGGCUGCGCUAACCUUUGCUGGUAUGAUUUGCCAUACAGUAAACGCGGUUUAACCAGUUCUAGUGCUGAAAAAGUAGUAUCAAGGGGUAUCAAUAAAAGAGGGAAAGUAGCAGCUGCAGGAACAAACGUGCACAAAAAGGAAAACGAGGCACAGAAAAUAGCUAAUAAAAUGGAAAAGCUCAGGCUUCUUAGCAGAGGAAAAGAUGGCAAAUAAACAUGAUAAAGAACGGAAAACUUUGCUUACAAAUUGGACUUGUCAACGGACUUUGAUAAUUAUAAUAUUUUGAAAAAAUCAUUUUUAAUACUCUUUAAUGCUGUAUUAACCUUAUCAUACUGUUGUUUAACCACUACAUGUUGUAUUAGUGUUUAAGUUUAAGCUAAAAUUUCUUUAAUAAUAUCUUUCAAAAGCUGCAGAAAAAAAAUUAUUGAUAAUAUAUGCUCGUAUUUUCCACGCUUAUUGUAAGAUACUUUCAAGUUGUAUCUUUGAUUUAGAAACAAUCAUUUUAUUGAAUGAAUAUUCAUAUAUACUGUUUAGAGCGUUAAAUAAGUAUUUUGAAUGUUAUUGGAAUUUAAAAAAUCAUUAUUCAUUGUAACUUCUGUCUUUUCUGAAUAAAAUCUUUCUUGCAAAUAA